AUGGCGCCGACGAUGGUUCGGCACGCGGUGAUCUCGUUGUUUAUGUUCGCCGUCGCCGGCGCCGCCGCAGAACCCGGCGUCGCGCGCGCACGAGCGUCGGAGCCCACUCUGGUGGGCGUUCGUAGCUCUCACGAGGAAUACUCACACGAGGAAACUUCUACCUCGCUCGCCUCGUCUCGCGUGACAACUGCGCAGCCCUUGGGUCUCGUGCCAUGCGACAAGCCCCCCGCACCUCCAGGGUGUUUCAUCCUCCGCACACCCUUCCCCCCGAAGUACACGAAGUACCCGAAGGGGGUCAGGGGCGCGGAAGCGUGCGAGCUCAGGUCGCCUGGGCUCACAGUCACCCUCAGUGGCGGGUCUUCCUCAGACCCUGUCGACAUUCCCAUCCUCUACUCGCACUUUGACGGUGUCGACGUAAUGUUCGACGUGGACAUUCGCGCGGCUCUCGUCGCUGAGGGCGUUCGGGCCGGGGACUCGCGGACGCUCAGGGCCAGCGCGUCGCUCGCGUGCCCCACAGAUACGUUUGAAGACGCAGCCGAGGAACUGCCCGCCAACCAGGUGUUGCGCACGGGCAGCGGCACGGGAAGGCUCGUCUUUCCAUUUAACUUCUUCCUGUUAGAGGAGAUGACGAUCCUCGCAGACAGUAUCGAAACCCUGGUGGAGGCUGUGGAUAACCUGGAGAUCACGGUGGAAGGUACCGACGGCUCUGAGGAGUUCUUAUACGGUGAAGGCACCGACGGCUCCAGCGGCCCGCACCUCUACGAGCUCGACCCGAGCGACGAGGAUACCGGCGGUGCUGGAGACAUGUUCGGGAUGUUCUCCGACCCUGAACCCGCGCAGAGACCCGAGUUCGACCUUCCCGAGUUCGAUCCCCCGACGUUCCCUUGGGGCGAGGGGCUCACCGCAUGA